AUGAGCUGCAUUCAAGGAACAGCUUGCCUGCAUGCCUACAGUGUCACAAAUAUAUGUCCUUCAUGGUGUGCACCUUCUAUGCCAUUUGUUGCACUUAAACUCCAUAAGGCUUCCCUGAAAAUAAGUACAGGUUUAUCAAGUUACCAGUGCACGGCACUUGCCAAUACAUCCUUGAAACUGACUACUGCUGCAUCUAGAUACUGUCGAUCUCCACCUGUUUGUUCAUUUGGUGGCAAAGAGAAGUCUGAGACUGACAAUGAUGCUUCUCCUUGGAAAUCUCUUGAGAAAGCUAUGGGAAGUUUAAAGAAGGAACAGUCAUUAGAGGAUGUAUUGCGGCAGCAACUUCAGAAACAAGAAUACUAUGAUGAUGGAGGCAGUGGUAGAACUCCUCCAGGCGGUGGUGGUGAUGGUUCUGGUGGUUCUGAAGGUGAUGGUCUUUCUGGAGUCUGGGAUGAGCUACUACAAGUGAUCUUGGCAACCACUGGUUUUAUAUUUCUGUAUAUUUACAUAAUUGAGGGGGAGGAGAUAACUCGGCUUGCAAAAGACUACAUCAAGUUUCUAUUUGGAGCACAGAAGAGUGUUCGUCUAAAGCGUACAAUGUACCAGUGGGGGAAGUUCUACCAAAGGCUGACAAGGAAGAAGGAGGUCGAUCCAUAUUGGUUGGAACGUUCAAUUAUUAAUACUCCUACGUGGUGGGACAGCCCGGACAAGUAUAAGUACAUUCUCAGGUCUUACCUAGCAUCAGGAUCUGAUGAUUGA